AUGCGAAACGAUGAAGAAGACGAAAAGGUGAUGGGUGAAGCAGUUUGUAUGUUGGCAGCAACUGAAGAAGAACAGGAACAUGCUAUUGGUGCUCGAGCUAUUGCCGGUAGUAGCGGUUCGCAAACACCAGUCGCAAAUGGUUCAAGUAGCGGAUAUCAUCCUACUACGGAUAUGGCACAUUGCCAUUCCGCCAAUUCACCGUAUGCAUCAUUCUUUGAUCGAAUUUCCACCACGUGGUGGAAUCCACAAUUUUCAUCAACAGCUUUAGAAACUCAAUAUUGGAAAUGCAGUUUUCCACAACUCAGAGAUAGGUUCAGAUCUGGACUUGUAUACAUUUGUUUAUCAUGCAUUUUAUGGAUUGUAUAUUUGCAAAUUUUCAAUUAUGCUAACUUAAUACACUGGCCGGAUCUGGCAUGCAGUUGUGCUACCGAUAAAGGACUUGCUGCAUUGAAAUAUCGGACUAAUCUUAGUGCUAAGUCGAAUCCCAAAUCAAUACAUAUGCGUUAUGAAGUUAAACUAAUAUCGAUCACUUCAUUUAUGAUAUCAUUUGGAGUGCUUCUCUUCACAUUAUUUUCCGUACAUUAUCAACGUUUUUACAUGCCUGCAUCAUUUCUCUGUGUUUUUGUACUCUGUACCGUAACUCUACUUAUCUUCUCUGAUAAAUCUGGUUCGUUUAUGAGUCCUAUUGGUGAUUUAGCCACCAGUUUUCAGGUAGUGCUAUUAAUCUAUACAGUAGUUCCAUUACCACUGUAUUUGUGCAUUUUAAUUGGCUUACUCUAUUCGAUAUUGUUCGAAAUGAUCGCAACCGAUAGUAUGAGUUAUGCGGAUACGCUGGGUGUUAAACUUAUCCUUCACAUUGGUAUCAAUCUGCUUGGUAUUCAUUUAUUCAUCCUGACACAGGUUCGUCAGCGAAAAACAUUUCUAAGAGUAGGCCAAUCGUUACUUGCACGUAAAGAUCUAGAAAUGGAAACGCAGUUGAAAGAUCAUAUGAUACAAUCUGUUAUGCCGAAAAAGGUUGCUGAUGAACUGCUAAAGGAAACCAGUGUGAGGAGAUCAUCGGCUAAUCAGGAUGCAUGUUUACGCACGAUAAACGAUAAGAACACGGAAAGUCAUCUUCAAGAUAUCCGCGAAGCGAAUGCAUCAACAGGAACCUUGUUGGCACCAAAUGUUCGCAAAUUUCGACCAUUUACGAUGAAUUUGAUGACCAAUGUUUCUAUUAUUUUUGCCGAUAUUGCUGGCUUCACGAAAAUGUCUUCAAAUAAGUCAGCCAGUGAACUGGUAAAUUUGCUCAAUGAUUUAUUUGGACGCUUUGACUAUUUAUGCGGCCGAUGUAAUCUCGAAAAAAUCAGCACAUUAGGUGAUUGUUAUUACUGUGUAGCAGGCUGCCCUGAACCUCGCGCAGACCAUGCUCGUUGUUGUGUUGAAAUGGGGCUUGCAAUGAUCAUUGCUAUCCAACAAUUUGACGAAGAUCGCGGCCAAGAUGUUAAUAUGCGUGUUGGUAUACAUACAGGAAAGGUUUUAUGUGGUAUGGUAGGGAUGAAACGGUUUAAAUUUGAUGUUUUCUCGAACGAUGUAACGCUUGCAAAUGAAAUGGAAUCAACAGGAAUAGCUGGAUGCGUACAUAUUUCGGAAGUUACCGCAAAAUUUUUAAAUAAUGAAUAUAUUCUGGAAGAUGGACCUGAUCAUGCCGGUAUGAAAACUUAUUUUAUUGCUGGUCGUGUCCGGGAUACAUAUGGUCCAAUCAACAAAACAACUUCCUAUUCCGAUUCAAUACGUGACACCCUUUCAGCAGGAUCUCAAAUAAAUCAUUCACAUAUGAGCUUCCGAAAGAGAUUAACUAAUAAGAUUAAAAUGAUGCAAACAACGUCAAUACCUGUUGAACGGUAUUGUGGGAAUUUGAAGAUGAAAAUGUUGGAAAGGAAAUGCGAAAGUAAUUCCACACAAAUUCUCCAUUGCAGCGAAUGUUUGGAUAAGAAUGCGAACAGCAAAUCACCAGUUAUUGAAAAAAGACGCAAAUCUGCUUCAUUACAUGCUUUACAUCCGGAUGACACGAAGCUAUUCAGUAUAAUAGAUCCAUUAAGUGGUAAAACUUCACAUGAACUAUUAAACGGAGGUAGCAGACAUGGUUCGAAAAGUUCAGGAAUGCAGGAUUCAGUUUCGGAUACAUUUUCGUGUGCGGGUCCAAUUGAAACUGCAAUUUCAUAUCAUCAGAAUGCCCCAUCUCUAACACGAUUCGAUACAGACGAUCGUGCUUUCGAUGAACGUCUUGCUAUAGUAAUACAGAAUGCAGAUAUUAAUUUUAAUCGUGGUUUUUGGAUGCGCAAUGACUGGUUAAACAGAUGGACUUUACGAUUUAACGAAGUUAGUAUCGAAAAACGGUAUAGGUCACAUUUUUCAGAAUCUAUCGAUCGCCAAUGGCCCAGCCGUGAUGAAAGACACAGAAAUACUUUACAAACUGAUAACUCGGACUUACAGUAUAAUUAUUCGGGUGCAUUUAUCGAUGUACUAGUAGCUGGGAUGUUGCUCGUCAUCUGUGCAACUGCAGUUCUUAUUUCGGGAAUAUUAAAUACCAUCUUCAUCAUUUAUUUUGCGAUCUCACUCAUUGCUACUGUAUUGAUUAUCAUUAUCGUUGGUAUACCAUUACUAAGGAGGCAUCAGACAAUUUUUCCGUUUAUUAAUCUUUGGACACCACGUCAUGUUAUUGGAAUGGUACUCAUAUUACUACCAGCAGGUGUUGCAUUAACAGUAGCACCUUUAUGUGGUGAUAUUGUUGCCCAAGAAUAUGUGUGCGUUUCACCAAAUUUGCUUGCUCAGCAGAUUUUGUUUUCCUAUAUAUUUCUGGUUGCAUUAUUUGCACAUUGCAAUUUUUCACAACUCUCAGCUUGGCCAAAAACGGCUGAAGCGUUAUUGGUCGGUGUCGUAUUUUUAUGGCUCACUUAUAUUUGCCAAUAUCGCAUCGAUUCAUUGGUCGACAAAUCAUCCAGCAAUCCAAAUAUUGGAUCACGUUCCUGUAAUGGUACCGUACCAGUAUGGGCAUCUGGACGAUUCGGUUCCCCGAUUAAUUUACCUGAAAUUUGCGUCGAUGUCUUCUUAGUUGUCGUUUUGGUUGCUUUUCUCAAUUAUCAGUUUGAAGCUGCAUUUCGAAUGUCCUUUUUCGGCGACAUACAAGCACAACGCGACACUGAGCAAAUGCAAGCGGUACGUGACCAAGCUGAUUGGCUUCUAACCAAUAUCAUUCCACAACAUGCUAUCGAUUCAUUGAAAUCAAGUAUCAGAUACUCGGAAAACCAUGCCCUCACUGCGGUUCUUUUCGCUACGAUCACCAACUGGAGCGAAAUGUAUGAAGAAACUUUUGAGGGAGGACGCGAAUUUUUACGGGUGCUAAAUGAGAUUAUUGGGGAUUUCGAUGAAUUGCUGGAUAGGCCAGACUUCUCACAGGUGGAAAAAAUAAAAACUAUCGGACCUACAUAUAUGGCUGCAGCUGGAUUAAAUCCAGAGAGAAGGCGUUCAGCCCAGCAUCCUUAUGAACACCUUUAUCAGCUGAUGGAAUUUGCAAUCGGUUUACAGCAGCAACUGAACUAUUUUAACCAAGAUUUGUUAAAUUUUGAUUUCGUUUGCAAAAUUGGCUAUAAUAUUGGUCCAGUAACAGCCGGUGUUAUUGGUACCACAAAACUCUACUACGAUAUUUGGGGUGAUACAGUCAAUAUUGCUUCUAGAAUGUAUAGUACCGGUGUACAGAACCGGAUACAGGUAUCUCAGAAAACUCGAGAUUUACUGUGUGAUCGUUACGAAUUUGAAUAUCGUGACCAUAUUGAAGUAAAGGGAGUGGAUGGUGGCAUGGAUACCUAUCUGUUGGUUGGCCGAAAAGGCGAACCGCCAGUGAAUUUUACGAUUUCUACAACCUUCUGA